AUGUUUCAGAUGGGAAGAUGGGCGGACGUCUGGAGGUUGAACAACCGGCCGCCUGGUCCGCUCAUUCCACGCUCAAACCGGAGAUGGGCCGGGUUCGAAAAAAGACACACGAACAAACACAUAAACAGACAUAAUUCAGCUUACCCGCAAUUGUGGAUCAGGAUUGUCUGUAUCGCCGAGGCGCGGGUCAAGUCCGAGGUUCGAGAUUGGCAUUCCGAAGUCUAA